AAGGAAGGAAGGAAGGAAGGAAGGAAGGAAAAUGAGAAAAGGGCUGCGACAGCCAUUUUGACUCCCAGAGAAAACAAUAUCUAGGAUCCCAUCUGCACUGGCCAUUUAAUUCAUUUCAAAACUAAUGUCAAACUUCAGUGGCUAUAUAACAAACGGAUAUGAAAGCAAAUGAAAAUAGCCCUAAAUUCACAUCAGUGCUCUGUGGUUUGUAUAAUCACUAUCUUAUCCUUAAAUUGGUUCCAGUAUUUCCUAUGUAAUCACCUACAAAGCAAAACCACUUCAAUACCACUUUGAAACCAUUUUAAACGGUUACUGUUGAUUUGCCCUGAGUUUAUAUUUAUUGUUGCAUUUCUUCCAGUCACUUCCAACUUAUAAUUAACGUAAGGUGAACAUAUCAUGGGGUUUUCUCUGCAAGAUUUGUCCAGAGGUAGUUUGUCAUUGCCAGUUUCUGAGGCUUAGAAAGUGAAAUUGCCCAAAUCCUAAUCUUGAAGUCCAACACUCAAGCCACUGUACUAGUCAACAUUUAUUCCAAGGUUUGCCAUUGCUUUCCUCCAAGGCUAAGAGUAUGAUGGUAUACCCCUUUAAUAUUAAAAGUAUUUCUAAAUCACCUUUUUAGCCUUUAGAUUCUCCUCCCCCAUCACAAAAAAUAUUCAAAAGACAUUGAUAUGAAAAAUGUUGCAAAUAAAUUUAAACACCCAUUUUCAGAAACCAAACAUCAGAGAGGGGUAAUGAUUUUUAAUUACUCACAAGAACUUCAGCAGAAAUGACCCCAGCCUGACCACUUGAGCAGCAAAAGAGAUUAUAAUUUUGACAUGGUCAUUGUAUCAAAACAUUUCAGAAACCAUUUCCCUGAACAUGUUUGAAAGUUUCUAGGGGUGUUUAUUUCUUUGGAUUUUAGAAAAGAUGAAGAAUGAGUGGAUGGGAUAACUUACCUUUAGACCUCACUAAAAUAGAUCAGAGAUGUUAUUCCCUCAAUUCAAUAGAAAGUAAUCUGGUAUUUGAUUCAGCUCUAUUUCAUUCACUUGCAAGUCAGGGAAACCAUCCCACUUCAACAAUUUCCAUAUCAAUCCAUCACACAGCCUCUAAAUAGAAUAAUAAAUUGGGUCCUUGGUAUCCACUAGGGUUUGGUUCCAGGACAGUACCACAUCCACCUCCUGUUGGUGGUCACAUUGAUAGCAUUCCUUUUUUUUUUUUUUUUUUUUUUUGGUAAAGUAACUAAAUGCUCCCAAAGUCUGAUGUUUACAAAAAUUGGAAUGGGGAAGUCUAACUAAUGCCAUUGUUGCCUCCUUUCAUUAUUUCAUGUUUGUUUCUCCCUAAUUAGAUUCACUCUUUUCUAAGGAAUAUCUCAUUCAAUAACAGUGCUGGAGACCCUGUGUCUUUUGAUGAGAAUGGUGAAUUAGCCAGUGGAUUUGAUAUAAUCAAUUGGGUUAUAUUCCCAAACAAAUCUUUUGCAAGAGUGAAUGUCGGAAGAAUGGACCCACAGGCUUUUCUGGGACCAAAGUUUACAAUUGAUGGAGAAGCUGUCAUGUGGCAUAACUCAUUUAAUCAGGUGGUGCCUAUUUCUCUAUGUAAUCACAACUGUGAUCCAGGUUACAGAAGGCAAAAAAUAGAAGGGAAACCAUUUUGUUGCUAUGACUGUGUUCCUUGUCCACAUGGGGUGAUUUCAGACCAGAAAGACCAGGAUGAUUGUUUGCCAUGUCCAGCAGACAAAUUUCCAAACAGGAAGCAAGAUGGAUGCCUACCCAAGACCCUACACUUCAUCUCUUUCACAGAGCCUUUAGGAAUGACUUCAGCUAUAUUGUCUCUUUCGUUUGCUCUCAUCACCGUUUUUGUGCUAGGAAUUUUUAUUAAGUACAAGAACACUCCUGUUGUCAAAGCUAAUAAUCGGAACCUCACAUAUUGCCUUCUCAUCUCCCUCUUGCUCUGUUUCCUCUGUGCCUUGUUAUUCAUUGGCAAGCCACUGCAAAUAAACUGCUAUUUACGACAACCUGCUUUUGGUGUCAUCUUCUCAGUAGCUGUUUCUUGUAUGUUGGCCAAAACUAUCACUGUUGUUGUGGCUUUCAUGGCCACUAAGCCAGGAACGAAGAUAAGCAAAUGGGUAGGGAAAGGACUGGCCAAAUGUAUUCUUCUUAGUUGCCCCCUUAUUCAGGUCAGUAUUUGUGUUGUAUGGUUGUGCACUGCUCCUCCAUUCCCAAAUUUUGACAUGUACUCUCAGGCUGAAGAAAUCAUAGUGGAAUGCAAUGAGGGGUCCGUGACAAUGUUUUAUUGUGUUCUGGGUUACAUGGGACUUCUGGCUUUUAUAACAUUCACUGUGGCUUUCCUAGCCAGGAAGUUACCAGAUGGCUUCAAUGAAGCCAAGUUCAUUACAUUCAGCAUGGUCAUGUUUUGCAGUGUUUGGUUAUCAUUCAUUCUAUCCUACCUGAGUACUAAAGGCAAAUACAUUAUAGCUGUGGAGAUCUUCUCAAUUUUGACCUCUAGUUUUGGGUUAUUAAGCUGCAUCUUUUUUCCUAAAUGCUACAUCAUUAUGCUGAGACCAGAGUUAAACAGUAAAGAUCAGUUACUAAGGAAAAAAUGAC